AUGGCUGACAGGGUCUUCCACAUCAAGUGGGCAGAGAAAUAUCUUCCUUCCACUAAGCACGACCUUUUUUCCCCAGGCACUACGAACAUCUCUAUCUCGGAUCUCCUAGAGAUAUCCGAAGACAGGCGAGGCUCUGAAGAACAUCUGUCAUUGAAUACACUAAAACUAGAGGAGAGUGUUUCUAGCUCAGGGUAUACUGAACUGCGCAAGAACCUGGCAGCCUUAUACUCGGCGCGGUCUGGCGGAGUGACAGCAGAUGACAUCCUAGUCACCAAUGGUGGCUCUGCCGCUGACUAUACAGUGCUGUCGGCGCUGCUGGCACAAGGAGACCACGUCAUCUGCCAGCACCCCGUCGAUGAACUUCUGUUCAAGAUUCCAGCUUCGUUGGGUGCAGAGGUCACCAAGUGGAAUGCUGAGCCAGCGAAGAAGUGGAGACCUGAUAUUGAUGAGCUUAAAACUUUGGUCAGAGACAACACGAAGUUGAUAAUAAUACAGAGCCCUUGUGACCCCACAGGCGCAAUCAUUCCCAGACCAGUCCUCGAGGCACUCAUGGAAAUGGCUGAAGAUAAAGGUAUAUUAGUCAUGGCGAACGAGACAUACCGACCGCUGUUUCACUCGAUAUCGCCGUCCGACGACGACUUUCCACCGUCGACGAUCAAUCUCGGCUAUAGAAAAGUUGUGGUGACGGGCACCGUGGCCAAGGCGUACAGUCUGGGAGGAACAAGAGCUGGUUGGAUUGCGACAAAGGACAGGAGCAUUAUGGCGUCUUGCAGGAAAACCAGGCGCCUCAAGUCCACUUCAGCCUCGAUCCUGGACGAGCUGAUCGCAGCGGAGGCUUUAAGCGACAGAUGCAUCCAUGCACUGUUAGCCAGGAACAUCAAAUUGUGUCAAACAAACCUUGGCCUGGUUCAGGCCUUCGUGGACGAACACAGCUGGGCAUGCUCCUGGGUCAAGCCACAGGCCGGUACAACUGCGAUGCUGAAGUUCCACAAGAUGGGAAAACCGGUCGACAGCGAGGGAUUCUGCUUGAAAUUGCUCGAGCAGGCUGGCAUUCUUCUCUGUCCCGUGAGUAGGUGCUUCGGCGACAGUCAAACGGUUCGAGGAUAUGUGAGAGUGGCCUUUGGAGCAUCGACCAAAGACGUCUCAGCCGCGCUUGCCGCAUGGAAGGCGUUUAUUGAGGAGGCCUUCGAGUCAGUGCCCACGGCGCCGAGCAAGUCGACCAACUGA